CAUUCAUAUUUUUUUAUAUUCUCUUUUUUUUCCCUCCUCCUACUACUGUUAUUAUUAUUAUUAUUAUUAUUAUAUCAAGCAUAUACCUCUCCUACUGUUCAUCAUUAUCCUUUAUAUCUCAUCUUAACGCUAAGAAUCAUAUAAUUUCAACCUAGUCGAUUCUUAAUAAUGAGAGAAUACAAACUUGUAGUCCUCGGUUCUGGAGGUGUUGGUAAAUCUGCCCUGACUGUCCAGUUUGUACAAUCGAUCUUUGUGGAACGAUACGACCCUACUAUUGAAGACUCUUACCGAAAGCAAGUUGAAGUUGACGGUCAGCAAUGUGUUCUCGAGAUACUCGACACCGCCGGUACGGAGCAAUUUACAGCCAUGAGAGAUUUGUAUAUGAAAAAUGGCCAGGGUUUUAUUCUCGUUUUCUCAAUUAUAAGUUUGGCUACACUGACGGAUCUCCGCGAGUUACGAGAACAAAUCUUACGUGUAAAGGAUGUUGACCAUGUUCCUAUGGUUUUAGUUGGCAACAAGUGCGAUUUGGAAGAAGAGAGAGCUGUCCCACGUGAACAGGGAAUGGCGUUGUCUCAGGAAUGGGGCGGGAAACCUUUUUAUGAGACAUCAGCUAGAUACAAGAUCAAUGUGGACGAGGUGUUUUACGAUGUAGUACGUCAAAUCAAUAAGCAAAUGCCCAGCAAACCAAAAAAGAAGCGGUUCAAGUGCCUUAUUCUGUAAUUCUCGAAUUGUAAAAAAAAAACUAGCAAGCAGAAAUACUCUCCUCCCUUACGAUAUAUAUAUAUUUCAUACAAUAAUAAC